UCAAAUGAUUUUGUUGUAGGAAACCUGAGGAUUUGUCCAGGGAGGUCAUACAGAUUCAACAGCGAGAACUGAACCUGAAACAGCAGAACUACACACUCAAUAGCAGCAUUCGCUCUGUGGAGAAGGCCCGCACUGAGCUCAUGCCCGAGAUCGCUCAACUGCGAGCCAAAGCUCAAGAAGAACAGAAGAAACGAGAGAACCAGGAUUCGCUUGUCCGUCGCCUGCAGAAGAGAGUCCUACUACUCACCAAGGAGCGCGAUGGAAUGAGGGCCAUAUUAGAGUCAUAUGACAGCGAGCUGGCCACAAGUGAAUACUCUCCUCAGCUCAUGCUCCGGGUCAAGGAGGCAGAGGACAUGCUGCAGAAAGUCCAGACACACAAUACAGAGAUGGAGACUCAACUGUCUAAAGCCCAGGAGGAGGCAGGCAGCUUCAAAUUACAAGCUCAGAUGGUGACUACUGAACUUGAGGCACUGAAAGAGCAGCAGGUAUCUAAUGCAGAGAAAAACACCUUAGCAACAGCGGAGGAAGUCAGCUCUCUCAGGCAGAAGAUUGAGGAAUUGGAGUCAGAACGUCAGCAGCUGGAAGAGCAAAACAACAUUCUGGAGAUGAGACUAGAGAGGCAUAACCUCCAGGGAGGCUAUGAUCCUGUCACGACAAAGGUGAUCCACCUGCAAAUGAACCCCACUAGCAUCGCAAAGCAGCAGCGCACUGAAGAGGUGGAACAGCUGAGGGUCGAGUGUCAACGCUUGAGGGACCGACUCCGGAAAAUUGAGGCGGGUGGUGGCAUGACGACAGACGACACUACUCUCAUCAUUCCACCUUCACAGGAAAUACUGGACUUGCGCAAGCAGAUGGAAAGUGCAGAACUGAAGAACCAGCGCUUGAAGGAAGUGUUCCAGAAGAAGAUUCAAGAGUUCCGUACUGCGUGUUACGUUCUCACCGGGUACCAGAUCGACAUCACCGUGGAGAACCAGUACCGGCUCACUUCUGUGUACGCCGAGCAUAUGGAGGAUUCAUUACUGUUCAAGGUAAAUUCAUAUGCAAACGUAUUUGUUACUACAUGACCCAUGCAGUCUGUA